AUGGCAGACGGCACCAUGUCGGCCAAGUUCAUGAAAAGCGCCUUUGUAGGCUGGACCUUCACAGCUGGUGUUUACUACCCCCCAGAUUUCGAUGCUUCCAAGUUGAUGCCCGUGAAGGCUUUGAAGCCAAAGGGGCCUCAGAUGAUGAACAUUCGCAUGAUGUUCCCCUUCACCAUGGUGUGUGACUCCUGCAAGGAGUACAACUACACAGGUACGAAGUUUACGGCCAAGACUGAGCAAAUCAAGGGUGAGAGCUACCUCGGCCUCAAGGUCUACCGCUUCUAUGGCCGUUGCCGGCACUGCUGGUCAGAGUUCACAUUCAAGACAGAUCCUAAAAACUCUGACUAUACGAUGGAGUCGGGUGGAAAGCGUACUUACGAAGCAUGGAAAGAUGCAGACGCCAUGGAAUCGCAGCUGAAGCAGGAGAAAGAGCAAGAGGCAGCUCAGGAUCAAAUGAAGGCUUUGGAGCAGAAGGCGGUGGACGUGCAGUCGGAGAUGCAACGCUUGGAGGACCUUGAUGCCAUCCGCACCUUGAACAAGAGGCUAGGCAACCGAGACUCAAGCAUUCAAUCAGCCUUGGACUAUUUGUUCCAGCAGGACUCGCAAAGAAGUGCAGAAGAGGAAGAAUUGUCCCAGGCUGAGUUGAAGGAGCUGAAAGGUUUCAAGGAAGAGAAGGACCAGAGGGAGCUGCUUGAAGAAUGGUCUUUAUAG